GCGGGUAUGAUGGGAGAGUAGAGGCGAGGAUGACAGGGUAUGAAGUAUAGGGAGAUGCUUCUCCUUAUCGGUUGUUGUCGUCAUCGUCGUCGCUGCAUGUGUGUGUGUAUGAGAACUCGUGAUGAUCACCUUAUCGACGACUGCAUGCAGGGCUAUUCUUUGUGAGAUCUCUCUCUGUCUUUCUGUCUCUCCCUGUAUCUCUCUGUGUGUGUAUGUGCGUGCAAUUCUUUGUCUCUCUCUCCCUCCCCGCUUCUCAUUCGACGCCCUCUCUUGUACCUUCUCACCUUCUCUUCAUAUUCCGCCGUUUUGUGCUUCUUCGUCCUGCUGUAUCCUCGCUUUCCUUCUUGUACUUGCAUGCUCUUCAUUUCCUUGUGCGGUGCGGGCACCCACCUUCACUCCUCUUUGCAACUCUGACGAAUCAUAUCUAAUCCUCUUGUUUCCCAUUGACAAAGAUCUACUUUUGCACCUUGCGGUACUGCUGUCUAAACCCUUCUUCCUACACCCUAGUUGGAAAUGUGUGCAUUAGUGUUUUGGGAUUGUAGCUAAUUGGACCGAGAAGCAGCGGGAAGUAAUUGGCAUUUGAGUCAUAAUUGGCGUUUGAGUUGUGGUGGUGGUGGAGGUAAGAGGCAUGAGUGUGUGGCAUGGAGAGACAAACCCCGAUGAUCAGGGUAGGGGGUCAAUCAGGGUAUUCUGGAAGGUGGGUAUGACGGGGGAGGGGAGAUGGGGAUGGCAGGAUAUGAAGUGUGGGAGGGGGAGAUACUCGUCCUUCCCAGUCAUUGUCGUCAUCGCCAUCGCUGCGUGUGUGUGUGUGUGUGUGUGAGAGAGAACUUUUGAUGAUCGCCCCACUAACGAUUGCAUGCAGGGCUAUUCUUUGUGAGAUCUCUCUUCUUCCAACUGUAUCCUCACGUACACACAUUGUCUUCUGUUUGGCACUGCUUGCCCUCCUUACCCUCCUUUUCUUUGAACCUCCUACCUCUGUUGGAUUAUUCCUUCCUCCUUCGUCCUGCCCCUCUGAGUUGAGGAUUUAUCUCUACGGUGGUCUCGUUCUCGUUCUUCCUGUUGAUCGCCCCCUGGUCGUCCCUCGCCGCUCCCUGCUUCCGACCCCUUCCACCUCUCUCUCUCUCGCCUAUUUUUCCACCGUGGAUGCCGAUUUUGCCAGAUCGGAUUCUUCCCUCCCCUGAUCGUUCUCCUUCUCCUGAUUGACUCAAUUUACUCUAGUCUCAUCUUCUCUAUAUUGCUCGGCCUUUGGUCGUGCCACCUCCGUGUUCAUUACUGCACCCUCUCUAUUUGGGUCAAAGCUUUGUUCUAGCUGGUGGCCAAGUGCGUGUAAUAUUGUGUUGAGUGUUUGGGAAUGAGUAGAAGUAAGGAAAUAGUGUGUAGAUUAUUGUUGAAGGAGGGGACUGGAAUUGUGUAACUUUGUUCUAUUAUGAUUAACAUGAUACACAAUUUAUAGGAGAAAGCGAGUUCAUCUACUAAUUUUCAUGAAAGCGUGAAAGCCCUUGUAAUCUGAGGUUUACGAGGCGCGAGUAAUAUGGAAUUGAAUGGUUAGGGGCAAGGAAAAGCGAGAAAGCAUCUAUGAUCCGAGGUUCAUAGUUUGCUAGUAUUGUUGUGUACUUGUUGGGAAAAUUCAUAUGAACCUGAGAAUCUUCGUAAUUUGAAGUUGGGUGAGUGCAUGUAAUGUUGUGUUCAGUGUUUGGGAAUGAGUAGAAGUAAGGAAAUAGUGUGCGGAUUGAUGUUGAACGAGGGGACUGGAGUUGUGUAACUUUAUUCUAUUAUGAUUUACAUGAUACGCGAUUUAUACGGGAAAGCGAGUUCAUCUACUACUUUUCAUGGAAGCGUGAAAGCCCUCGUAAUCUGAGGUUUAUGAGGUGCGACUGAUAUGGAAAUGAAUAGUUACGGGCAAGGAAAAGCAAGAAAGCAUCUAUGAUCCGAGGUUCAUUUCAUUGUGGACGAUGGAAAAAAGGCGAAAAUAUGAGAACAAUUUUGGCAGGAAAAUGGAAAAAAAACAAAAAAGUCCCAACGAUGGUUAUGGAAACAAUACGAGCAUGGUAUGGUGUGAAUUUUGUGAAUGUGAGGUCCCGAACAAGAAACCUUGUUUGGAUCAACAUUUUCAACCUGAUUCAAAACAUGAGAGGAAAGAAAAAUUGGCUUUAUUCAAAAGUUUAUUUGAAAAAGAAGGAUUGGAUUACUUUCCAGGCGGUACUACAUAUUAUUGCCAAAAAUGUAAGAUGCAGCUGCCUAAUGUUGUAGGUGAGUUGUUAUACCAUAUUAAAAAAUUUACUUAUAAUCAUGGCGAUGACAAGAAAUUGAAAACAAUAGAAUUUUCAUUAAACGAAGGUGAAAUAUUUAUCCAACGGAGUAUGCGAUUGGUUGAUUUUGAAACUACAAAUAAAGGUUUAACAGAACAAUUGCUUCAACUCCCGCGUGUUGAAAGUCCAACAAUAUUAACUAGAAGUGGUUUUUUUAAAGAUAAAUUAAUUGACUUGAGGAAUGGAAUUUUCACUCCUAAAGAACUUCGAGUAAUUACAAAAAUAGUAUCAUAUCUUGAGAAGGGUGGGAGAAACUUAUGCCGAUCGCCAGCAAAAGAAAGUUCAAGUAUUUCUAUGUUUGGGAUGUGUUCUGCUUAUGGAGACACUGGUUGGUAUAUUCAAAACAGGCCAGAAUAUUAUCAUUUAUCUGAAGAACUUACGAAAUAUACUUGUCAUAUUUUAAGGAGGUCGUAUGAAAGUUUAUUUCAACACUUGGAUAAUAUUGUGAUUGCUGAAGGCUUUUCAAAUAGUGGUGCUUGUAUUGGUAAUGGACCAUUUACAUCAUUUGCUAUCACGAGGGACUUCAAUUGUAGGCCUCAUUGUGAUGAAGAUGAUUAUGAUUUUGGAUUCAUAAUAUGGCUACACGAAGAUCCAUCGGAACAAAAUGAACCAGCCAUAUUUGCUUUCCCAGAAGCAUCGAUUAUGUUUGUACCCAAACAUGGGCAUGUUUGUGUUUUUAGGCCAAGUGAACUUUUACAUUGUACAUGGCACCUUCAAGGAAAGGGCUUACUGGGUCUUGUAUUUUUUCAAAAAUGCUCUCUUUAUAAACAACUCGGGCGAUUAAUUCACCCCGACGGGCCCGGUAUAAUAGACUACAAAGAUAAGAAUGGGAAUGUUCGUAUUGUUGAAACUCGAGAAGGAUUUCUUGAAAAGAAACGUUUUUACGAACGACACUUGUUGGAAAAUCCGUUCUCCAUCAAAGAAUUCAUGGGCAAAAAAGAAGACAAACAAGUAUCUCCUGCCACUGAUCGGGAAUAGUCUUGUAGCAAUGGAGAUGGAUAUAUUGAUGGAUAUAUCAACAUUUGUGGUGGAUUUUGAUGAUAUUAUUUUUGGAUAUACUUAUAAUAUUGUGCUUAAGUAACUGUAAGUAUUCACAGGUUGGAAUGUGGUUUUAUUCCACUGUAUAUAUUUUUUACAUUAUAAUAUAGCCUCAUGUAUUAUUGUUAUUA